CAGCGGGCCCCCGGGCGGAGCGGCAGGCAGCGGGCCCCCGGGCGGAGCGGCAGGCAGCGGGCCCCCGGGCGGGGCGACCGGCAUCGGGUCCCCAGGCGGGGAGGGGCGCCGGGCCCCCAGGAGGGGCGACAGGCGUCGUGGCCCCCAGGCGGGGCGACAGGCGUCGGGCCCCCAGGCGGGGCGACAGGUCUCAGGCCCUCAGGCGGAGCAGCGGGCGCCGGACCUCCAGAUGGAGCGACAGGUCUCGGGCCCUCAGGCGGAGCGGCGGGCGCUGGACCCCCAGGUGGAGCGACAGGUCUCGGGCCCUCAGGCGGAGCGGCGGGCGCCGGACCCCCAGGCGGAGCGACAGGUCUCGGGCCCUCAGGCGGAGCGGCGGGCGCGCCGGACCCCCAGGUGGAGCGACAGGCACCGAGUCGUCUGGCAAGACUGCGGGCACCGAGUCGUCUGGCAAGACUGCGGGCACCGAGUCCGGGCACCGAGUCGUCUGGCGGAACAGCGGGCACCGAGUCACUGCGGGCACCAUGUCGUCUGGCAAGACAGCGGGCACCGAGUCGUCUGGCGGAGACUGCGGGCACCGAGUCGUCUGGCAAGACUGCGGGCACCGAGUCCGGGCAUCGGGUCACCAGGUAUGACAGCGGGCACUGGGUCACCAGGCAUCAGGUCAUAUGGCUUGCCAGCGGGCACCGCGUCAUCUGGCAAGGCAGUGGGCACCGGGUCACC